AUGGGCAGGGCAUGGCUGCCAUCCCAGAGUCAUGGUGGGGAGCUGGAGUCUGGAGAACCAGGCUCCCGGGUUGUUUCCCUCGAGAUGCAGCUUGUGUUGAACCACAGCUUUCCCGUUCUGGAACUAUGCAGUGCGACCAUGUUUACUGGAGCUGCUGCUCUGAUGUCGGAGUACGACUCCAGAACCGCUGGUAACAUGGAGAUUAAAGUCAAACCUGUUGGAUACGACCUCCCAUCCCAUGAUGCCCUGGCAAAGAUCCUACCAAAUGGCCGCUAUCUUUGCAAGGGAGCGAAGACGGAGCUGCACGGAGACCAGGAGAAUCCAGCUGAGAGGCCCGAGGCGACACAGGCCAAUAAACCUGACAUAAACCACACUUAUCAAGUACAUCAGUCACAUAAACGACCCCCUCUUCAUGACUUUGAGGAUGAUCCCAACAUGGCAGAGAUCACAGACCUCCAAACUAAGGAGAUGGAAAACUAUCGUUCAGCCAUGAGUAAAAUGGCUGAAGACAUCAUCGCACUGAGGACCCGGGUGGUGACGUUGGAGGCAGAGAACAGUCGGCUCCACACUGAUCUGUCUCUGCAGCAGGACCACGGCCGAGAUCUGCUGGAUGACACAGACAUCGACGUCAUGACCAAGGCUGAGAUUGCUGACUUUUUUGCCUCUCUGAAAUGCAAGCUAGCCAGUGAGACCAGUAAGGCUGCCUCUCAAAGGGACAGGAUCCAGCAGCUGCAGAAUGACUUGAUCAAGAAGAAUGACAGUGAGAAGGAGCUAAUGCAACUGCAGAGAGUUCACCAGAGUCACUUGGCAGAGAUGGCAACUUUGGUUACAGUAAAACAGCAGGAAAAGGUCAUUGAGAAGAUGGAGAAAGCAUUAGAUGGCAAACUCGGAGAGAAUAAUAAACAGCGUGUCGUUAAAACGCUGAUGGGGAAAAAGCAAAGAGGUAGGUGGAUUCAGUGUGAGAGAGAGUUGGCCCCGGCAGCAGAAAACAGUCGUCUCAGAGGAGAGCUGGACAGGAUCCGGCAGGAGGCUGCUCCACUCGUUAUACAGCAGAUACCACAGACAAAAGAAUCCCUGCCAGUCGAGGAGAAGCUGAGUUUACUAAAUAAACUGGAGAUGGCCGAGGCAAGAGUCCGAACGCUGGAGGCUCAGCUGGAGGAGAACUGUAAACUAUGGGGCAGACAGAAACAGGAAAUGAUGACAGAACUGAGUGAGCACAGGCACGGCUUUGUCCGGACAUCCACCACAAUCCUACAUCAUGUUCCUUCAGUCAGUUGAGUGCAGUUAGCCUUCU